CUUCUUAUGUGCGCGGAAACCAAGUUCAAGUAUCCUGGUUGAAAUAUAUGUGCUAGUUUUUGUGUACGAAGCUCGUACAAUGUCACGUUAAGGUAGUAUAUAUAUAUAUAUAUAUAUAUUGUAUCUCCAGCCAAAUAACAACGCAGACUGUAUUUUCUGCGCUUGCAGGACAAAAUCCGAGGCUCUCCGAUUGUAAGUGAAAAUACGCUGGAAAGUGAGAGAUUAGAGAUCGGGCUCUAGGCCUAGGAUGUGUUCAGUAGACCGACGUCGUGCGGCGGCCGUUCUCGGGGCUGUCGUGGCGGAUGCUGCAGCUCAGCCACUUCACUGGAUUUAUGACCUAAAUAAACUGGACAAUCUGAUUGGUCAGGCAGAAGACAUUGCAUUCUGGGAGCCUUCUGCCAACCCUUAUUACUGCAUACAGACCGGUAGACAAAGUGGAUAUGGAGACCAAGCAUUCGUAAUUCUGAAAUCAUUGGUAGAAAAUAAAGGACUGGAUAUUCAGUCACUGAAGGAUGCUACCUACAACUUCUUUGGGCCUGAGUCUGACUAUGAGAACCCAGUGAAUGCUGUCUACAAAGAGAAGUCAGAUGCUCAGAAGCAGACCUUCCCAAUCAAAGGGCCCUGGAGACACUUUAGUGUGAAGGAGUUCCUAGUUAAUCACAAGGCGGGGAAUGAACAGACAGGGUCACCCACAGAUGACCAGAUAGACGGUGUUGUGCGUAUUGUGCCUGUGGUAGCCAUGUACGCUGGACACCCAGACAUGUUGAACAUGGCUGAGGAAGUGAUUCGUGUCACGCAGGAGUCUGACUUUACUGUAGUGGUAGCUCUGUGUGCAGCAAGGAUUCUCGAGCAUUUUAUUCUGAAUGGCCCCAGUGACCAAGUGUUGGAGGCAGUCAUCAAACAAAUGGAAGACCCACACAGGGCCAACCCUCAGGAACUGGACAGAGCAAUGGUGGGCAAGCUUCGGGAAGUUCUCCAUGGGCAGCAGGUUAACCACAGGGACAUAGCCAAACAGCUACGAAUAGACUGAGUCAUGCCAGGGUCUUUUCAACUGGCUGUUCAUGGAGUGAUUGCCCACACUGACUACACUGCUGCGAUCAAAGCCACAAUGCGUAAUGGGGGCUGUACCAGCUCCCGGUCAGGAUUCAUAGGGGCCUGCCUGGCAGCUCAGUAUGGUGUAGAUGUUAUUCCUGACUCCUGGAAGGAGAAGACUCUAAGAUAUAUAGAAAAUGUAGAACUUACGGAGGAACUCUACCA